UACGGCAUCUACAGGUAUCCGGCGUGCGCAUGUUCAUCGAAUUAUUACCGACGGGAGUUAAAUAGUUGCAUUAAAUCGAAUAUCCGUCAAAAAAUGGAUAUCAGAGAACAAGAAAAGCAAAAUGAAAAUAUCCGUCAGAGAAUGCUCGAUGUGCAACAAUUACAUAUAACGGAAUGUCCGUCAGAUUCACCGUGGAUCAGACCCGUUCGAAUACGUUACCAACAAGAUGGUGAACAGAAAGCUUGGGAUGUGGUAAGAGCACACGAUGGUGUGAGUAUAAUUAUUUUCAACAUCAGCCGGAAGAAACUUGUAUUUGUUCGGCAAUAUCGCCCGGCGUUUUAUUAUACGUUUCUGCCAGAGAAACUUGGUCCUGUGGAUCUUAAACAAUAUCCGCCGUCAUUGGGUUUAACCUUAGAACUUUGCGCCGGUAUUGUGGAUAAAGACAAAUCAUUUGUUGAGAUUGCAAAGGAUGAAGUAAGAGAAGAAUGUGGAUACGAAGCACCUAUCGAAGCCUUUAAAUAUGUCAUUACUUUCAGAUACGUUUCCACUUCGGUCUGCAAACAUACACUCUUUUAUGUGGAAGUUACUGAUGAAAUGCAUACACACUCUGGAGGAGGUGCUGCAUCUGAAGGGGAACUGAUCGAAGUGGUGGAAUUAAGCAUUCCAGAAGUAAAACAAUACAUCAGUUCUGAGGAAGUUGAAAGUCCACCUUGUUUACUAUAUGGUAUAACCUGGUUUUUAGCUAACAAACCUGAACAUUGUUCUUAAUUUAAAAUCUUUAUAUUAUUAAUCAGAUUUUAAAUAAAAAGAUUAUCCUUUAA